AAAACGACCGAGACUGAAAACAAUCCAGAAGCGCGUAUAUAACAGAAUUUCCAAAGAGAUCCGAAUAUACGCGUACAAUUUUUUUAGCGAGAGAAUCGAUGAGCCAGAGAAUGGUAAAAUGGGAGCGGAAACCGGCGGAGGGAAAAAAAAUACCGGAAGAGGUGACCCGGGAUUUUGAGAUCUAAUUCGUGACGCUUUGAUGGUCGUACCUACUUAAUUCUUCGGACGGUGUCCGGUCGGUGUUGUGUAGCCUGGUGUGCGGACUAUAAUUAAAUGUGCAUGCGAUGCCGUUGCGGUUGGAGUGGACAAAUUAAUCCCGCGGGGUAAAAACGGACCGGAAACUAUCCCCCCGAAAUAAACCACCCCCGGAUUGCGGAAAUAUUAAAUGGGCUCCUGUACCGCCGCGUUGCAGCAACAUCGUCGUAGCGUGCGAGUCGAGUCGAGUUUGAUAUUCGGUACCCCACCUAAGCAACGUGUAACGUAUCUUUUCGACGUUCCUCACCGACUCUCCUGUCCCCGGAUCUCGCGAACGCGAUUACGUCAAAAUCGCCCACCGCAUUCGCAGAGGCAACGCCGCUUCUACAAAAUUCCAAAAUAAACUUUUGAUUUAGAGUGACGGUCUGCCUCUCGACUAACGUCCGGUCGGCCGGACCCGUGUAUGUAUCGGCCAAUUUGCGGCCGCAUCGAUCAAACCUUUUUACUUCCGCUUAGCUUUCGACUCGCCUCGCACUCUACGCUGAACUACUCGUUUGAUACCGAACGUUAACCGAACCCGACGGUGUCUCCGGCAUCCUCUAGGAAAAACCGUGCGAAUGCGAAGCAUCUUCUUUUUUUCCGUCUACUUUCUUUCUCUCUUUUUUCGACUGAAAAAAAAAAAAAAAACGGACCAACCGCGAUCCUCUUUCGGGUGUUUACAGCGACGAGACUAUAGUAUACUCAUCUCAAAAAGGUGUGAAAAAGAUUCAUGUACGCGAAAGUGAUCGCGCAUCUGGUAGCGAGUGAAGUAUGCGUCAGCUGUUGGCCUUUUUAUAUUUCUCUUCGUGCGUACUUUUUUCUUUUUUUUUUUCUUUCUUUUUUCUUUUUUUUUUUUUUACGAAUUAUCUAUUUUUUUCAAUACCUUUUUUUUGUCUCGGGAAAAACAAGGAGCCGACAACUUCAGACGUCGGGGGAAUUAUUUCGGUACUAAAUUUGAAAGACUAACCGUUUUCCGGCUGGAUAAAUUAAUAGUGCGGCGAAAAACAAUAUAUAUACCGUAAUUUCGAUAAGUAAUUUCAUCCGGGUGGAUCGGAAAAAUGUUUUUAGAUAUCGGUAGAAUAAUUUGAUGUCCAACGUCGGUGAGGAGAUCGAUGAAAAUGAAACGAUUACCCUGCGGGAAGACGGAGAAAGAGACGCGCCUCCUUCUUCCAAUACUCAUCUGUCCGGCGGAAGAGAAGACUCGCUAAGAUUAGAACGUCGAAAUAUAUCUUCGGCGAAGUCGCAAAAUCAUGAUUUUCCUUGGACAGCUACCGACGCUCCCAGAGAUCUGGAAAAUUCGUCUAAAAUGCAAUCGAGAAAAUACCUGAAUAAAUCGCGUGAAAGAAAACAGGAGGAGGAUGAUAUUUCCUCGGGCAGUUCGUUCGGCGAUAUCUGCAGAAUUUGCCACAUGGGAGGUUUCCCUCCUCUAUCGGAUCCCCAGCCGAUGUGGGAGUGGCAAAGUCAGACAGUUCGUCGAGUGUCCAGUGAAAUUUCCACCCUUUCCUCCUACGCUCAUUUAGGACCAUUGAUCUCCGCUUGCAAAUGCCGCGGCUCCGUCGCCCUCGUGCACGCCGAAUGUCUCGAACGCUGGUUAACGGAAUCCGGACACUCGAGGUGCGAACUUUGCGGGCAUAAAUACGCCACGAAGAGGGUGCCGAGGCACGGUAUCAUCGCCAGCGUUAAAAUAUGGUUCGAUACGGUAAUCGCCACGCGUCAGAUGAUACUGGACACGCUGUAUUUAUUGGUAACGACGCCGUUGGCCUUGUUCUCGUGCUACGUUUGCGCACUGGCUUUGAGGGUGCUUUUGGAAAGUGGUUUCUACGAGAUACCUUGGACGAUAAUCGCCAUGCUGCCGACUUGUACCCUGACUUUGAUCGCGUAUUGGGGUUGGCUCAUCACCCUCGGCAGACUCCACUCGCGACGGUGGCGCAGGUUUUGGCGUAACAAUUUCGUCGUACGUCUUCUACCGGACAACGCCCUUGAACAACCGGAGCGAUCGAACAACGCGACCGGGUUCUCCCCUUCGUUGGCUGGACCGUCGCCGAUUUCCAACGUCGUUAAUCUGCUCGACAACGGAACUCUGAAUUCCGCGAGGGAAAAUCGAGAUCCGUAUCCUCGCGAGCCGGACGCAGGAGCAUCCGAAAAUCGCGCGAUCUGAUUAGCGAGGCUCCGAUUGGAUGAGAAAGAGAAAAAAGGACAUCUUCGAUUCGAUUAAAUCGCUGGCGUAUUUGAAUGAACAAGCGAAGUAAUCGGCCCACGCGAUUACCGGCUGAGUUCGGAACUUUUUUGUAGGACAAGCGAGAGAAGGGAAGGAGGCUGAGGACCGAGACGUUCCACGUCGGCCGCAGCUACGGCGGCUCGUUCAAUGGGAUAGGAGAAGAAGCAACGAAAAAAGGAGGAAGCGCGUCGUCCGUUUCGCGGUUCGUUUAAAUAGCGGAAAAAUCUCCAAGUUUAUCGAGCGCCGGUCUCCGGAAUAGAAGUUCGUCGUGCGUUCUAAGUAUAAGGCAGGGAUCCCGAGGGGCGGAGGUGAUAGAAAAAAAGAUGAAUAAGAAAAAAUGAGGAUAUAAAAAAGAGCGAAAAACUGAAGAGCGCUGAUUUUUUUUCUCCGAAACUCUGUUUGACAGUAAGCGUCAAAAAAUCGGUAUAGAUAAAGAUGCUGAUAGACGUAGAGAAUUCACAAUAAACGUGGAAGAACCUAUAACUAUAGGAAAGAACGAAAGAGAUUCGGAGGAAGGAAUGAAUCUUUUACGCACCAUCUACACAAAUGUAUCCGGAAAUAAUACGGACGUAUCUUUUAUUCGACGAAGAUGACAAAAAAAAAUUAACGCUGUCCCCGAUUCGGAUCAACUUCCGGUUUCGUUGCGGAAGACAAUCGGGUUGCACACGUUUAUCGCGUGCGAAAAAUUGUGGAAAAGAAUUUCAACGAGAGAGCGAUUCCGGCGAGUCGAAGCUUCGAUCGGUGGGGGUGAGGUUCCGAUUGGAGAAAUAAAAAUAAUGUCAAAAAAGGCGCGAUAUGAGGGCAGCACCGCAUAAAAUAUUGCCAAUUAUAAUACGAGGUCUAUCCGAGUUGCCAAAAUUUAUUGUAGAUGAUAAAGGUAUCUGCAUACCUAUACUGCAUGGAACACUAAACCAGCUUAACAAGCCGCCGUUGUAUAUACCGGACACGCAACCCAAUAAAUUGGCAAUUCUGGUCCAGCGCCAAUCUCCAAAUCCCAGUUUUAAAACCCCAAUUUACUAUUCAAGAUUUAAAAGCCACACGAUCAUCGAUUCUUUAAUCAACUAACGACGCGCCGCAAUUACCCGACGGGGCGGUCCUCGGCGAGGACUCUUCCGAGUCACUCCGAAAUGGGCAUUAAUUUUUUCUUCUUCUUCCACGGUUACCGUAAAGUCGGAGAAUCCUUUUUUUUUGGCUUUCCUCAGCCUUACCUCGCUGCAAAUCGCGAUGAGAUUUCAGACACGUAUCCACACGUAUCACGGGUCCAUCUUUGAAGAUGUAUUGGUGAGGAGAUAAGUACUUCAAAAAUAAGUAUUAAAGCAAGUAAGUUUAACCCCCGUCCCCGCGGCAGCUGGGGGUUAAUUUAUAUGUUUUUCGUCGGCAAAGACAGGUCCAACUUUCGUAGAAGUGAGUCGAGAACGCCAAACCUUCUCUUUCCUCCGACCGAAAGCACUUUAAAAAUAACACCUCUUAUGGACGACGUCGCACGAUUUAAGUUAACGAUAAGAAAAAUUAGACCAUUUUCCAACGUAUAACGCGCUAACCGUGGAUCCCUUUAUAAAACUCCGGAGUACAAGGCAUAACGUGUUUCCAUUUUAUCUCUCAACUCGUUAGAGUUAGAGGUCGAUUUACCAAAUUUAUCAUCAAACGAAUACCACCCACGAAUUCGAUAUACGCCCUCUGUAAAAAUCGAUCUCCCUCUACGGCGGACGAGAAAAUCUCGAAAUAAGAAAUGGGCCCU